UGUGGUGUGGUCUUCCUGCCACCCCAGUCGUGCGCCCCAGGCACUCUUGGGCAGCUGGGUGCAAGGGGCCAGCAAUGGGUGCAUGGGUACCCCUCCUGCUGCUCUGGGGUCUCUCCUGGUGUCCAGAGACAGAAGCUGCCACUUUUGUGGAUCCCAGGCCUCUACUGCUGGCAGAAUCUGUGACGCCGGGACAGUCUGUGUCAUUGACAUGCAAGGCAAUUUUGCCGAGCCUCCUUUUCCAGCUGUUGAAGGAUGGUGUGUCCCAGAGCACUGUGAAGCUUGAUGAACCAGCCUUCAGCCACCAGUUCCUGCUGGGGGAAGUGACAGAUGAAUCUCGUGGUCUUUAUCGCUGCCAGUCUGGAUCGUCUGAUAGGUGGACUGGGCUGAGCAACCUUGUGGAAAUAGCAGGGAAAGGGUACUUGCCUCCUCCUUUGCUGUCGGUGGAACCAGUGUCCUGGCUCAUCCCAGGCUUGGAAAUGACCCUGCUGUGCCAGGGGACAUGGCAAGGUGUGACCUUCUUGCUGAGGCGGGAAGGCGAUGACAAGUUUCAGGACAUGGCUGAGCCUGAUUGGAAUGGGAAAGCCACCUUCCCUGUCAACCAGGCGGGCAACUACAGCUGCAGCUACCGGAUGCAGGCAGCAGGUCACCUCUCAGAGCCCAGUGAGACUGUGACCAUCGAGGAGCUGGCUGUGCCGCCGCCACCCAAACUGUACAUCAGGGACAGGUCAGCUAAGAUACCGCACCAAGGUACUUGCGUGGACUUGGAAUGUGUCGCGCCUUUGAGUGGCGUGGAAUUCGAACUGUGGGGAAGCAAGAAGAUUCUGGUCCAAUCCAUGAGCACCACCAGUCCAGAUCGCAUCUCCUUCCACCUGAAUAGAGUACCGCAGGAGGGAGGAGGUCCCUACAGAUGUAGAUACCGGCUGGAGGGCAAAAUGCACAGCCCCUGGUCUGCGGACAGCGCACCAGUGGAGCUGGUGGUCAGCGACGGGAAGCUGCCUGCUCCGCAGUUGUGGUCUGAGCCUGCGACUCGGAGUCCAGCGCCAGGCACGCUGGUGAGGCUGCAGUGCCUGGGACCCAGGGCCGGCCUGCGCUUCGCCCUGGUGCAUGAGGUCGCAGGAAGGAGCUGGGUGCGCGAUUUCCAGAGCCCCGCAGACAACGAGGCCCACUUCGAGCUGCCUGCCGUCUCCGUGGUGGACUCGGGCAACUACAGCUGCGUGUACAUGGAGCUGGCGCCGCCUUUUGCAGGCUCUGUGGCCAGCGAGCAGUGGGAGCUGCAUGUGGAUGGACCCCUGCCCAGGCCGCAGCUCCGGCCCAUGUGGAGCGGGGCAGUGACCCCAGGCCGCGAUGCCUUCCUGCGCUGUGAGGGCUCCUUGCCUGGAGUCACUUUUGAGCUGCUGAAGGAUGGUGAGGAGGAGGCCUUGACAAGUCUGCACACGGAUGGUGCUUCUGCUGACCUCGUGCUACUCUAUGUGGGGCCCCAGCAUGCUGGCAACUACAGCUGCCGCUACCGCUCCAGCGGGGAACUCAGCUUUGUGUCAGAGCUCAGCGAUCCUGUGGAGCUCCUGGUGGCCGGAAGUUGAUGCGGCUGUGGACUGAGGAUGCUGACGGUGGCCCUGACAAGUGCCAGGAGUGCUGACCAUCCUGUCCUUGUGCCCAUUUGGGGACUGGUAGACUGCCCUCAUCAUUCCUGGGAAUUAAUAAAAGUGAACAGACUU